GCCCGCGGCGCAGGUUGCACCGCCUCUUCUUCUUGCGGCUCGCCGUAUAGUAUAGUGUGUCGGAUAGGACAUCGUCGCGCGGCACCGCCGGUGACACCGCGUGUCUGGUACAUACGCGACCGCUCGAUAUCUUCUCUGGGGCACCAAGAGACUUAGAAGUAAUUAUUAUGGGAUAUUUGAGCUGCGGCUAAAUGGGGGCCGAUGGACAUUUUCGCGUGACCUUGUCCCUCAGGAGGGAACCAGGUGCCGGUCCAGUCUUCUGCAAGAUGGAGACGUCCGCCAGAUUCCGGCAGCUGAAGACGGUGAAGCUGAGCUGCGAGACGACCUACCGGCUCGAUAUUAGCUUCAAACCGCCGCAACUGCUGCAAUCCCUGAGUAUCGGUGGCAAACAGGUGGAGGCGGUUGAACGCGCAAGGAACGCAACGGCGUGCGCUUACAGCGCUUAUCACAGCACUAAAGAUAUCUCGGCGAGUGCACGUGGUCAUCGGGAGGAUCUGCCGAUCGCCAUGAGAGUCCUCGGCUCCGGCUACCUGACUACCUGUCUGCAGAUCAAAUACUACCGGCUGGAUGAUCAGAGCCACUGCGAGUGGGGUGCUAGAUUGCACUGCAUCGAGCUUGAUUGUUCCAGCGUUGAGGGACGUCUCGUCACGGUGGAUCGGGAGACGUACAGAAAGCUCGGCAUAGAAUCUUAACGAAACGUCAUUAGCCUCACCGGUACCGGCUCGUUGCCAGCUCAUUACAGCGAGGAACCCGACGUCGCGCCGUGCCACAAUCGAUGCCUCUCGCACGCGAUCGGCUGAAUACUUUACGCUCGUAAAUACAGGUUGUAUCAAGGCUUAUGUUCGGAUGAAUUAAGGCCAGGUACUUCUGUCUAGAAAAUCUCGAGAUAAGCAUAAAGAUAGAAACGAUAAUAUCAAUAAUAACGAGUCU